GGUUAAUAUAUGUCGCAUGAAGAGAGGAGUUAUUCUUACAGGAGUUGGAGAUAAGGUGCUGCGGCUGUGGUCUGCUGAAAGCUGCAAAUAUCUGGAUGAAUAUUCCCUUCCGGACAUGGAGCCAUUAGUUGAUUGUGAUUUUGAUGAGAAUAAGGUUGUUGGUAUGACUAGUGCUCAACUAUGCAUAUGGAGACGUAGUGGUCAAAGAAGCAGAUUUCAGUUUCGUGAAGCUAUCUUCCGACAUGGCUUAUGCAUGCGCUAUACUGAUCCGGAGGCUGUCAUUGGUUGUGAUGAUGGCAGAGCCCAUAUUUUUGAUAUGUACAGUGGGAGCUGCUCUCGAAUCAUUAGAAUGCACUCUGGUCCUGUGACAUGCCUGGCAACUGAUGACCAAUUGAUUCUUGGUGGUUCUACAUUUGGAAGCAUAACUGUUGCAGAUCUCUCAUCUGGUGAAGGAUUGGGAGUUCUAAAAUCAUCUUUUUCACCCACAGGACCCUUAUACAGGUGAAGGAAUUGGGCCAGGUUGCAAAGUUGAUCAGCUUUGUCAGCUGGAACAUCUUCAUGUUUCUCCCUCUUCUUCCUCUUUGGCUUUGUGGUCUUCUGCAUGUCAUGCCAUGGCUUGUUUUCUUCUGAUCUGUGGCACCAUGGACAAGGUCAUGUCUCUUCUUCUCUUCUUAUAUACUCGUCUACGUGAUGAGUUUUGACUUUUGGGUACUAUCAAACUUUUCUCCUUUAUCUGCUUGUAUGAGCUGUAAGUUGAGAAAACAUCUCACCCUUCCUUUUCCUUCAAGCAAGUCAAUCAUUGGCUUUAUUUGAUUUAGUGCAUUCUGACAUUUGGGGUCCAGCACCUUUACCUUCUGUGGGUUGUUUAUCUUAUAAUUUUUAUUUCAUAGAUGACCAUUCUCGUUUUACCUUGGUUUUAUCUCAUGUGAUCAAGAUGUCUCUCGUAUCUAUCCUGACUUUACAUCUAUGGUCCAUAGCUAGCUUGAUCUACCCAUCAAGGUAUUUCUGUCUGAUGGAGCUUGUGUGUAUUUGUCUACUGAGCUUAGAGCUUUUCUUCUUUCCUGUGCCACUAUUCAUCAACAGCCAUGCCCUUGCUGACCUGAGUAAAAUGGUGUUGCUGAAAGAGAAACAUUUCAUCCUUUAGAGACAGCUCGAGUUCCUCUUAUUUCUGCUUGCAUGCCUCAUAAAUUAUAGGCUGAGGCAGUUUUCACUUCGACCUAUCUUAUCAAUCGAAUUCCUUCUUUUGUUCUUGUUGGUUUUGUACUUUAUGAACAUCUAUUCUCUAUUUCUCCUACGUUUGGAUCUUCAUAUUUUUGGUGUACCUGCUUCAUACUUCCCCCUGGGGUAUGCACUGAAUUCUCACCGAGGGCACCUAAGUGCAUUUUUCCAGAAUAUAGCUCUGAACAUAAAGGAUAUUAAUCUUGUGACCCCUGUACUUAGAGAUUGUGCAUUUGUAAUCAUGUCCCUUUCUUUAAGUCAAUUUCUUAUUACUCUUCUUCAGCUCAAGAUCAUUCAUUUAUGGAUAUUCCUCACCUUGAGCCUCUUCCUAAUUCAUCUCCCACUUUGGAUUCCUUACCUAUAUCUUCUUCCCCAAUCUAUUCUGCCAUCAUCUAAUUUACAUGCCUUAAGUCUUCCAAUUACAUGGCCUCCUAUUACUCACACUUAGUUGUGUCAUCCUUGACCACUUCAUGAGUCCUAUUUUUCUAGACAUCCGUCUCAAUGCUCCACUUGAUGCUUGCCAUCAAUCAGCUAUUUUGCCUAGUUUGGAUGAUAGUCCUGUGGUGUUGCCUUUGUCAUAAUCUGAAGCAUUCUCAACAUUCUCUUGCUCGCUAUGCUUGGCUUAUGAUUGAUUUUUAUACCUCUCAGUUCAAAUCCUUGUGAUUAUUUAUACCCAUCGUGGACCCCAGUCCAACUGUGAGGUUGUUCAGCUACAGGGUGGUGAGCUGCUAUGUCUAAAUAGCCAUGUGCUCUGAAAGAAUCUCAUACUUGCGAUCUUGUUGCCUUGCCUGCUAGAAAAAAGGUUUGCAGGAGGGUUUAUAAAAUUAAGACCUGCUCUGAUGGUUCCGCAGAGUACUAUAAAGCUUGUCUAGUGGACCGAGGAUUCACUUGGGAGUAUGGUAUUUAUCUUGAAGAAUCCUUUGCUCUUGUUGGAAAGAUGACUUCUAUUUGUGUUCUUGUGUUGCUGUAGCAUGUGGAUAGCCCCUUUCUUAUUGAUGUUGGGCUUCUUUCUAAACCCACCCAUUAUCAACAACUUGUUGGAGCCCUUGUCUUACUAUUUCUUGACUAGCAAUGCUCUUCAUGUUGUGAGCCAAUUUGUUAGUGCUUCAUGAUCUGUUUGCUAUGCUGUUGUCUUGUGUUCUUCAAUAUCUUCAUGCAACCAUUACUUGCUCAGCUCUCUCUACCUCAACUUGGAGAUUUGAGCUUAUGUGGAUGUUGAUUAGGCUGGUGAUCCUAUAGAUCCACACUCUACUAUUGGCUUUCUUGUCUUCUUUGGCAAUUCGCAUGUCUCAUGGAAAAUUAAGAAGCAAGAUGUUUCUUGCUCUAGUGUUGAGGUUGAGUAUUUUGCUGUGUCAGACAUUGUAGUAGUGGUUGUUUGGCUUCAUCGACUAAUCUCUGAUAUGGGUGCCCACAUCUCUUCUCCUACUCCUUUGUACUAUGACAACCACAGUGCCAUUAGUGUAGUUGAAAAUCCUGUUUUCAUGAACAAAUGAAGCAUAUGGAGUUCGACUAUCACUUCA